AUGAGUGGGCAGAUCCCCGGCUGCAGCCCCGUCGCAAGGUCAGAAGUCAACUGCGAAGUGCAAGUAUCGGACACUGAUUGCAUGUCACGACUCGGCAGGCGUUGCGAGUCCGAGGGAGGGCCAAGAGGAGCCGGUCACGGGCGUGGGCACUGGGGCGCUGCUGGCCCCGGGACUUCCGCUCGUCAGCCUGCUGGUCCAAGGGAUGACGACGGAACUCCGCUAAUUCGGCUCCUGGUGCUCGGGGGGCACGGCGUCGGGAAAUCAGCUGUGACUGUACGAUAUUUAACGCGGAGGUUUAUAGGGGAAUACAAAUCACAAGUAGACAUCAUCUACAGACAAACUUUGGAAGUAGACGGAGUAAAAGUUCAUCUUGAAAUUAUCGACAUUUCUUCAAGACCGGGAGAUGACACACUUCCGACCCUCGAGAUCUGCCAGUGUGACUGCUACCUUGUCGUCUACAGCGUGGCAGACCGACGGACGUUUGUCACAGCCAAUCAGCUGCUCCACGCCAUAUUCAAGCUCCGGCCCAACAUGCCUUUUCCAACAAUAACUCUCUUGGGGAAUAAGCAAGAUUUAGAACAUUCAAGACAGGUGGCACCGGAAGAAGGUGAGAUCGUCUCCCGGUCUUUUGGCUGCGCGUUUUCCGAAGUGUCCGUGGCAGAGACAAGCGAGGACAUCAUUCCCAUCUUUACCUCGCUCAUAAGAAGAGCUAGAAUGGCGUCCUUUCUGUGCCCCCAUUCUCCUAGGAAUGUCCCGGACCAAACUCGCACAUGCUCUUGUUCAUACCAUAAAUCCUUCCAGAACAACAGCAACGGUUGUAGACACUGCCGCUGCUCUAACGUGUCGCUUGGUGGAUGCGCGUCCACUGGAAGAGCCAGCGGUCAUUCCGGCAAGUACGCGACCAAAGAAAUAAAUGGGAAUGCUCUAAAGGAUGGCGAGCUGACCGCCGGUGAGAAGUGCAAGUGUAACAGGAAGCCUCACCGAAAAACAAGUAGAUCGAACAGUAAGAAACUAGCUGUCCGCUCGUUCAGUUCUCCGGUUUCAAAAUCAGGAACAGUCAGUGAUCGAGAUCGCAUAAUCUCAUUUCAGAGAAAUGCGUCAAACGUUUCCCUAUCGCAAACAUUUCGCGUAAGAGAAUCUAAAAUCCAUCAGGGUACUAAAACAAGAGAAAAAGACGAAGAAAACUAUCAAAAAAUAAAGGUCCCACAGACCGGUAAUUUCACGGUUCUCUAUCGUUCUCUUAGUUCGCCAGACUCGUGGCCGGAAUUGUUCGCUGUUCGAAAGCUUCCUGAUCUGGAAACGGACCAAAACUCGAAUGCCAUCCCCAGAACGGCCCAGGAACCGAGAUUACUGACGAGAGGCAGGUCGUUCAUAUUCGACAACAGUAGACCAGCGCUGGAUCACAAAUGUUCAUGUGGGUUUCAAAUUCGCACAAGCUCUUUCAAAAGCAGCGGUAAAAUCGAGAUUGUUAACAUUAAGAACCCGAAAGUAGACAUGUCGAAAAAAACCGCCAAAUGCGACACCAAAAAACAUUUCCAGGAACACAGCGUCCCGGGCGAAAAGAGCGAGAGCGAUGUUCCUUGCCAGGAAGAUUCCCGGUUGCGGCUUUCGACGUCUUCGUCCGUUUCGAAGUCUCCGAGAUCGAUGAAGAACUUCGGGCUGGAUCCCUUAGACUCUAGAUCUGUCGACGAUUCUGCCGCCGGUGCGAGGCAGCGAAAAUUUUCUGUGUUUGGCGUGGGGAGAGCUCUUGGGAACUUCCUCUCCAAGGGAUCCAUGCCCGACCUUCCUCGCGCAACUGCCAAUUUUUGUGACAGAUUUGGAUCAUUGAAAAAGACGAUAAAAAAGCGUUCAGUGUAGAAUGGUACAAAGUUUAGACCUGCGCUACGGCGCACGCGCAAACACACACACAUUCGUGUGUGUGUGUGUGUAUAUAUAUAUAUAUAUAUAUACACACCAUUUCCCACACCAAUUUUAAUAUGUUCAAGAAAAUUUCAUACGUUGUUAUGAAAAUGAUAUGUCACGUAUUAUCUGAAAAAUAACUUGGAUAAAACAAUCAGUGCAUUUGACAUUUAAAUUCUUGAUAUCAUGCAUGCUUAUCAGCGAGCGCUUCUUCAUUCUCGAGAGCACUGCCUGUAAUCUAGGAACCAAAGAAGUUUGAAUGAAUCAUUAAGGGAGCCAUUGGUUUCAGAUACUUCCAUUAACUUGAUGAAAUCGGAUGUUUAUUGAAGUCAAUUAGUUAUAACUAAUCAAAAUCUGUUAAUUCAAAAUAUUUUGUAACAUACACAUUAAAAAAAAGGGUUUAUAUAA